AUGCACAACUUCUACGCCUAUUUUCUGCUUGCCCUUCUGUGCUUGACCGCCGUCGUGUCGGCAAACGACGAGUUUUUCCAGCGAUCGGCAAAGUGGGCAAAACUAAUUUCCCCUUCUGGCGGCAGUCUCGUGUCCGGUCGCGGAAACUUCCGGCCAGGCUUCAACGAGCGAUCCUGGCGCUCGGCACUCUAUGAGCCGUCCUUCAACUUCCGGAAACGCAGCGCGGCACCGCGCGGCUACGAAUACAUGGAUUAC